AUGUCCACAGCUUUCCUUGCAAUCGCUCUGUCCGAUAUUGCGCCACACAACCAGUGUGUAUCUCAACCCCUAUCGCCCUCCUCAACCCCUAUCGCCCUCCUCAACCCCUAUCGCCCUCCUCAACCCCUAUCGCCUUCCUCAACCCCUAUCACCCUCCUCAACCCCUAUCGCCCUCCUCAACCCCUAUCACCUUCCUCAACCCCUAUCGCCUUCCUCAACCCCUAUCGCCCUCCUCAACCCCUAUCUUCCUCCUCAACCCCUAUCGCCUUCCUCAACCCCUAUCGCCGUCAUCAACCCCUAUCGCCUUCCUCAACCCCUAUCGCCUUCCUCAACCCCUAUCGCCUUCCUCAACCCCUAUCGCCUUCCUCAACCCCUAUCGCCUUCCUCAACCCCUAUCGCCGUCCUCAACCCCUAUCGCCUUACUCAACCCCUAUCGCCUUCCUCAACCCCUAUCGCCCUCCUCAACCCCUAUCGCCCUCCUCAACCCCUAUCGCCCUCCUCAACCCCUAUCGCCUUCCUCAACCCCUAUCGCCGUCCUCAACCCCUAUCGCCUUCCUCAAACCCUAUCGCCUUCCUAAACCCCUAUCGCCUUCCUCAACCCCUAUCGCCCUCCUCAACCCCUAUCGCCCUCCUCAACCCCUAUCGCCUUCCUCAACCCCUAUCGCCGUCCUCAACCCCUAUCGCCUUCCUCAACCCCUAUCGCCCUCCUCAACCCCUAUCGCCCUCCUCAACCCCUAUCGCCCUCCUCAACCCCUAUCGCCUUCCUCAACCCCUAUCGCCUUCCUCAACCCCUAUCGCCUUCCUCAACCCCUAUCGCCUUCCUCAACCCCUAUCGCCUUCCUCAACCCCUAUCGCCUUCCCCAACCCCUAUCGCCCUCCUCAACCCCUAUCGCCUUCCUCAACCCCUAUCGCCGUCCUCAACCCCUAUCGCCGCCCUAUCGCCCUCCUCAGGCACUUUUACCCUCCUCAGGCCUUAUCGCCCUCCUAAACCCCUAUUGCCCUCCUCAGGCCCGAACACCCUCCUCAGACUCUUUUACCCUCCUAUACCCCAAUCGCCCUCCUCAGACCCUUUUACCCUCAACAAUUCCUAUCGCCCUCCUGAACCCCUAUCCACCUCCUCAGGCGCUUUUACCCUCAUCAACCCAUAUCGCCCUCCUCAACCCCUAUCCCCCUACUCAACACCUAUCUCCCUCCUCAACCCCUAUCGCCCUCCUCAGGCCCUUUUACACUCCUCAACCCCUAUCCCCCUCCUCAACCCCUAUCACCCUCCUCAGGCCCUUUUACCCUCCUAAACCCAUAUCCCCCCCCUCAACCCCUAUCCCCCUCCUCAACCCCUAUCGCCCUCAACCCCUAUCGCCCUCCUCAGGCCCUUUACCCUCCUCAGGCCCCAUCGCCCUCCUCAACCCCUAUCCCCCUCCUCAACCCCUAUCGCCCUCCUCAACCCCCAUCGCCCUCCUCAACCCCUAUCGCGCUCUUCAACCCCUAUCGCCCUCCUCAACCCCUAUCCCCCUCCUCAACCCCUAUCGCCCUCCUCAACCCCUAUCGCCCUCCUUGGGCCCUUUUACCCUCCUCAGGCCCCUAUCGCCCUCCUCAGGCCCUUUUACCCUCCUCAGGCCCCUAUCGCCCUCCUCAGGCCCCAUCGCCCUCCUCAACCCCUAUCCCCCUCCUCAACCCCUAUCGCCCUCCUCAACCCCUAUCCCCCUCCUCAACCCCUAUCACCCUCCUCAGGCCCUAUCGCCCUCAUCAGUCCCUUUUACCCUCCUAAACCCCUAUCGCCCUCCUCAACCCCUAUCCCCCUCCUCAACCCCUAUCCCCCUCCUCAACCCCUAUCGCCCUCCUCAACCCCUAUCGCCCUCCUCGGGCCCUUUUACCCUCCUCAGGCCCCUAUCGCCCUCCUCAGGCCCUUUUACCCUCCUCAGGCCCCUAUCGCCCUCCUCAGGCCCCAUCGCCCUCCUCAACCCCUAUCCCCCUCCUCAACCCCUAUCGCCCUCCUCAACCCCUAUCCCCCUCCUCAACCCCUAUCCCCCUCCUCAACCCCUAUCACCCUCCUCAGGCCCUAUCGCCCUCAUCAGUCCCUUUUACCCUCCUAAACCCCUAUCGCCCUCCUCAACCCCUAUCCCCCUCCUCAACCCCUAUCGCCCUCCUAAACCCCUAUCGCCCUCCUAA